UCGCCGCCUUCUUUCCUCCGGUCAUUCCUCCUUCCGCUGAUUCUGUCACGUUGAAGGAACGUGACGUCAAUCAUCUCUUGGAAAAGGCGGGAGUAAGAGCUCGCCGAAGGCGCCCACAGAGCUGGACAAGUUGAAGAGUGACAACCAACUUCCCAGCUUCCGGCUCGAUUUAGCCCUAAUUUCCAGCAGCCUGAAAUAACCUGCGCUAGAUGGCGCAGUCUCAGCUCCGUUGACUUCAUUGGGAAUUGGGGUGACAGCUCCUACGGUCAUAAAUAGGAGUGUCGUAAAUCAAUCCUCCCUCGGCUUCGGCUCCCUUUCCUCCUCGCGAAAUGUUGGGAAGACAGUGGCGUGUUAGCGCUGCAGUUUUAUAAAGGUUUAAAAAGUCAAAAGACCGCCCCCCCCUCACAGAAUGAGCAUCGACCCCGUCUUCAGCACGUGAAAUGGCAACUCUAUCCCAACUCUCUGUGGAGAACGGCGAGCAGCCCCGCCCACUCCCUCAGGUUCUAAAGGGCAACGGCGCACUCCGGAAGCGGCCGGAGCAAGUUUGUGUGAUUGGCAAGCGCACUAGGACCCGGGCUCUAAACACGGCUGUUCAAACUGGCGGUUCCUUUCGUCAGAGGAAUGGUUCGUGUCUUUGUCUACGGGACCCUUAAGAAAGGCCAGCCCAACUACCCAUACAUGAUAAAUGGUGCUAAUGGGACAGCCAGAUUCCAGGGCAGGGGGCUCACAGUGGAGAAAUACCCCCUAGUGAUUGCCGGGAAAUACAACGUUCCUUAUUUGCUGAAUAUCCCAGGAACGGGACACCGUGUCACUGGAGAGAUUUAUGCUGUCAAUGACCAGAUGUUGCAAUUCCUUGAUGAGUUUGAAAGUUGUCCAGACAUGUAUCAGCGAACCCCAGUGAGAAUUGAAGUAGUUGAGCAGGAAGAUGAAAGUAGUCCACCUGAAGGGACGCCAGCUGUUAACAGCAUCCUGGAAUGCUAUGUGUAUAGCACAACCACUUACCAGCCAGAAUGGAUACAUCUCCCUUACUAUGACAACUAUGAUUCCUUUGGGAAACACGGGCUUCCAUAUGUACUAAGGGAAGCAGAGAUUGAAACUGGAAGCUCCAUAAAUGACCACAGACUACUGAACAGAAUCAACAACCUCUUUUCAUUUAUAGCUGAGAAUUUUGAAAUAUGCCAGCAGGGAAGAAGGCAGAUUCUCAAGAAAACUGCAAGAAAGCAGUUUUUAAAGGUUCAGAAUCCAAUUUCAUGUCUUUUCAAAACAGUCAAGCUUGUGGCCCCGUGAAUAGUUCAAGUUUUCCAAAUUAAUCUACAAUCAAGAGGAGGCUCUACAGGAUCACAAAGGCCUGAAUGAACAGGUAUGUCUUGACCUGAUGAAGAAAGACUGACUGAUGCAACUCCGAAGAGGGAGUUCCACAAACAAGAUGACACCACAGAGAAGACCCUAACUUGAGUCACUGCAGGAGGGGCCACACCCAUUUGCAGAACCAGAAGAAGGACCUCCCAUACAGAUCACAAAGACCUGGUCUUUUACUUAUGGAGAGCAUGUUCCAACUUCUAGAUCGUAUUUCUAGUCUUCUCUGCACUUUUCUAGCUCUAUUUUGAGUUAGGAUGACCAUACUGAGUGUUCCAAAUAUGACCCUGCCACAGAUUUAUACAAACUGGUGGUUUCAUUUUCUUGCACAUCGAGCUAACUUCAGGAUUGAAGUUGUAGGAUUUCUUUUUUUAAAAAAAUGUGAAUAACAUAGCACUUAGUUUCACUGAAUCUCAUUUGCCCAUCUGUUGACUAUUCAUUCAGUUUAGAGAAAUCUUUUGGAGAGCUUUGCUCUCUGCUUCAGUUUCCACCACCUUAAAUAACAUCUGAAAAUGUGGCCACCUUUUUGCCUCUAGGUUUCAAUAGCACUGAUUCUAAAAUACUUAGGAGACCUAAUACAGAUGCUUUUAGGAACUGCUGUUGCUCAGCAGUAUGGCACACAUUUUGUAUAUACAAUGACACAAGUGUGAUUCCUGGUAUCUCCAGGUAGGACUGGGGCAGACUCAUGCCUGAAACUACAGCCAUUCUGUAUACACAAAACAGACUGGAUGAAGGCUCUGACUUGGGAUGAAGCAGGUUCCUAUGUUUUCUCCAUUGUGGAAAGUGUGUAUUUGCUCCAGUGCUCUGCUUCUUGUUCUGUAACUAGUUACCAAGCCAUUAAAGGACUUGAUUUUUUACCCUA